UUAAAAAACGAAUCUGCCCUUGCCCUUCCUGUUCCAUCCUCCCCCAAACAAACCCAACAUAUGGCUUAAACAUGUUGUUUGAUUCUUUCCAGAAAGAGAGAGGGGAAGGUGGGAAGGGAGUCUUCCUCCUUUAUACCUUUGUGGUAGUAGAGUUCACUGUCAUUUCUGUUCUGGGUGGGGUGAAGUGCCUGAGUAACAUAAAUACACCACAGAUAGGAAGCAGUUGGCAAGUGGCCAUGCAGCUGGAUUAUCCAGACAUCCUUCACAGCUUUUAGUGCAACACUUUAUCCCCUGCCUUGUUUUAAAUAGCCAGAUGCCUCGGUUAAUGCUGGCUGAUGGGGUUGUUGCCAGAGGAGAUGGGCUGCUGGGCGUUCUGUUCCCUUGCUCCCAACAUACACACACCCCAUCAGACAAGUCUGUGCUCUUGAGAAGGGCCACAAGAGGAAUUAGGGCAAGAAAGAGGAUGCUGCAGGCUGCGAGCAAAGGCCAAAAUGAACAGCCCCCGUAGACUAGAAGCCAACGGGUGAGGUAUUGUUUUUAGUCUCUAAUAAAUGAAUACUCUUUGGAAAUGAGUUUAUGGCACCAAUAUAACGCAAACUUCCCUUUUUCGUGUUUACUUAAUCUCCUCAAAGGAAGGGAGAACACACAGCUGCAACACAAAAAAAGUAAACAGCAUGUUUUCACAAGAGGUGUGUAGAGUUUCAGUUACUCGCCUUGGCCGUUUCCUAUUGGGAUGAACCCAUAGCAUACUCCCAGAAGAUUUGAGAAAGCUGUGUUUCAUACUAGAGAAUUACAAAUCCUGGGGAUCCUUCAUUUUUCUAGAAUAAAUGGGGCAGGGUGGGGGGGAAGGUAUAUUCUCAAAUUGUUUGCAUGUAACUAAUCUACACAAAUGUUAUCAAAUGUUCCUGAUGUCUUCGACCUAAAGGAAUGUGGGUUUGAAUCCUGAGAUGGAUGGAUUGACGAUAGAAAACAAGUGCUUAUUAAAUUUAGUUUUCUUGUUAAUCUUUAUCCUGUCCCAGUUAAGCUAUUGUGGCUCAUACGCAAAUGAAUAUUGAAGGCUCUACUUUUUCUCAGAGAUUUUGUUAGCUAAGAAUAAUUUUUUUCAUCUGUUUAUAAAAUGUGUUUUACCCGUUUGUUCCUUAGCCUACUACACACACAUAAAGCAGUGUUGUAGGCUCUAGGGACAGAGCAGUGAACAAAAAGGGCAAAGGCACUGCUCCUAUGGCAUUUACAUUCUAGUUGGCAAAAAUGGGUAAAUAGGGCAGAUGUUGUUUUAGUAACAUGUAGAAAGACGAAGAAGAAUGAGAUUAAGAGGGAUGGAGGGUGUUACUUUCUAUAAAGUGGACAAAGAAUCUUCUCUGAUAAAAUAACCUUGGGCAGAGAACUGAGUGAAAUAAGGAAAUGAGCUAAGUCGGCAUAUGGGGGGAAAGAGUGAGGAAAUAGCAAGUGCAAAGGCCCUGAGGUCAAAGUGUGCUUAAUGUGGAGGACAAGGGCAAUGGGACUGAAGUAGAAUGAGCAAGCAGGAGAAUGAUAAGUGCUCAAUUUUGCUUUUUACUCAGAGUAAUGUAGGAAGCUAUUGUAUAGUUUGUUUGAGUAGAGUAUCAUAAUCUGACUCACCUUUCUAUUGUCAUAGAAAGUUGGGCAGAUGUGGAAGUAAGGAGGCCAGUUAGGAGACUAUUGAAAUAGCCUGAAAGGUGUUGGCAGCUGGGAUCAGGGCAGCGUCGAGGGAGGUAGUAAAAAGUAGAUUCUGGAUAUAUUUUGAAGAGAGAACCAAUAGGAUAAGGUAUGGAGAAUGAAGAGUUCAAUCUGAAACAUGUUGGUUGAGAUGCUUAUUAGACACCCAAGGAGAGGAAUCCUUAGGCAGUUGAUCUGCCUAGGGAAGAGGUCUGGGUGGAAAUGUGAAUUUUGGGCACUGUUAGCGCCUUUAGAAGGUGCUUGGUGUGGGUCCUGGGUGCUUUAGCCAUAGUCAGAGGAGAGGCAGAAAAUACUGGUCACAAGUAAUAGGCGUGCUAGUGGGCGCAGGUACAAGGUCCCUUCUGAUUGCCUAUUUUUCACAGGGAAAUUAAAGGAAGCUCAUCCAUCAUCUGAGAGGGACAGGGUAGGUGGACCUGUGAAAUUAUCUUCUUGGGGACGGAUCAGAGAAAUGUAACAGGAUACUGGGAGGCACUUAAGAGCUCCCCCCCUGAGGUUAGUGACUAAAACUAGACCUAUGACCAAAGGAGUAUUCAACAGCCUGGCUUGGGGCAUGGAGUUGGAAUUUCAUCGGGGUUGGGGUUCACCAGGCAUUACGGUGGGGAAAGAGAGGACAAUGUGUUAUGUUUUGUACAAAAGAGUGUCAUGAUAGACCGUGGAACUUGAGUAGUGAAUCAAGUGAGAACAUGAAGGAUGUGGGGAAGGGGGGAAAGGGAAAGGUGGUCAGAGCAAGAGAUAUUGUUCCCAGAGAGGUGAAGAAUUACAGGAAUUUGGAGGGAGUGCGCUGCAAAGUUGAGAAGUGGCAGCCAGAGAGCAAGAUGCUUGAAACUGAGGUUAAGGAGGUUGUGCGGAUGUUAGUAAUGACAUGGUCGUGUGUGUGAGGUAGGCGUGGGUACCUGAGGUUGGGUGUAAGAGAAGGGCGUUGGAAAAGAGUUCCAGAAACUAAGAGGCCAAGGAAUUGUAUGGAUCCUUUGUGUGAAUAAGGAAAUUGUCAAGAGUCACUGCAGGGAUCAUGGUGGACAGGUGGAGGGACAGUGAGCCCGUUUGCCAACGUCUUCCAAGGAUGAGGGGAGGAAUGCGGCCCAGAGGUCUGUAGAAGAUUGAAGAAGGGUAGUGCGGGCACAACCAGGCUUGUGAGCUUCAGAGAAACUGGAGAGCUGGCCAGUAGCCUGGAGCAGAGGUGACUACCCUGCCCCACAUCUAGGCUAAGCAUGGAGAGAUGUAGGAGAGAGAAUGUGGCCUCAUGUCAGUGGGCCCCAGAAGCUCAGCCCAGAGCACAUUUACAUUCAGGUUAAGAGAGUGAAAAGAACGUCUGAGUACCUGGAUUACUCAAAUUCAUAGAGACCAGAGUAUAGUGGCGACUGCCAGGGGCUGGGCAGAGGGGAGGACGGAGAGUUUCAUGUUUAACGGGUAUGGAGUUUGAGUUUGGGAAGAUGAAGGAAGUUCUGGAUUGGGAUGGUUGGUGACAGUUGUAGAGCAAUGUCGAUGCACGUAAUGCCACAGAAGUGUACAGUUAAAACGGUAAAUUUUAUCUCACAUGUAUUUUACCAGUUUAAAAAUAAAAGGGAUGAUCUGAGGAAAGGAUGUUGGACCUUGAGUGCAGGGGCACUGUGGAGAGAGUUGGGGCACAGUAGAGGGUGAGCCGCAGGGAGUCAGUGGAGACCUAGGUGGCUCCCCCUUUGAGGGUGAGUGUGGUGAGCAGGGGUUGGGGGCAGAGGGACUGUCUAAAUGAUCUCUGGGAGACUGAAGAUGGAGUGGCCGGGCUCUGCCUGGCGCUGGGGUGGGUGGUGGUCUUCCCCUGAGUCCCAAGGAAAGAGGGGGGUUCUGUGGUACUCUACAUCUCUGUUUCCCUAGAAUCUGGCACAGCGCCUGGCAUGUAGAAGAUGUGAAUAUAUGUUUGAAUGGAUAAAAAAAAUGACUUCUAUCCAAAGAAAGAAAACAGCAAAAAAGAAUUUAAGUGGCCUUGCUGAAAAAUCCAAAUACAGUUCCCUAAAAGUGAUGAAGAAUGAAAAGCUAGAGUUGGUCUCUGGAGAAGAAAGAGGAUUUUUGGCAAAUGUGCAGAAGAACUUACUGCGAAAUUGAAGUUUAGACUGGAAAAAAUAAAAUCGUAAACAGAAGGCUACACAUGGGUAAAGGGUGUUGGAACUGAAACAUUUUCCCACCUAUGCAAAUGAUUGUGUGGUGGAUUUGUGAUUUGGAAGGGAAUUAUCCUAUUUUGUGCUAAAUCAGAAGAUUAUUAGCUUUAUAAAGUGUUAAGCCUAGGUCAUGCGUUGGUUCCUAACUUAUAGAUAACAAAUUAUAGCAGUUAGCUCACUCAUUUUAUUAUUAAUAGUUAGACCCAGAUUGUAGAGAAUGUUAUGCCUGCAUGCAUCUUCAAAGACACAUAGAUAUUUGCAAUUACUGGGUAUCUUUUUAAAAAUGUGCUUUUCGGGGCGCCUGGGUGGCUCAGUCGGUUGGGCGUCCGACUUCGGCUCAGGUCAUGAUCUCGCGGUCCGUGAGUUCGAGCCCCGCGUCGGGCUCUGUGCUGACAGCUCAGAGCCUGGAGCCUGUUUCAGAUUCUGUGUCUCCCUCUCUCACUGACCCUCCCCUGUUCAUGCUCUGUCUCUCUUUGUCUCAAAAAUAAACGUUAAAAAAAAAAAAAUUAAAAAUGUGCUUUUGUACCAUAUUUAGUUUAAGUGCUUUUUGUUUUUUGUUUUUUUCCCUAAAAGUGAAGAAGGGUUACCUUUUAAGGUUGCUGCCAGGCAUCGAUUUUCUUUUGAAGGGUCUAGAAAAGUGCUGGCUGGUGGUCGUCUUGCCUUGUGAAACAUGUCCUGCAGCUACCAGACCAUUGUCAUGCCCCAUUCUUCUUGUUGUCGUUCUAGUGACAGCUAUAUUGUGCGUGUCAAGGCUGUGGUUAUGACCAGAGAUGACUCCAGCGGGGGAUGGUUCCCACAGGAAGGAGGCGGGAUCAGUCGCGUGGGUGUCUGUAAGGUCAUGCACCCCGAAGGCAAUGGACGAAGCGGCUUUCUCAUCCACGGUGAACGACAGAAAGACAAACUGGUGGUAUUGGAAUGCUAUGUAAGAAAGGACUUGGUCUACACCAAAGCCAACCCAACCUUUCAUCAUUGGAAGGUCGACAAUAGGAAGUUUGGACUUACUUUCCAAAGCCCUGCUGAUGCUCGAGCCUUUGACAGGGGAGUGAGGAAAGCAAUCGAAGACCUUAUAGAAGGCUCAACCACAUCAUCUUCCACCAUCCAUAAUGAAGCUGAGCUUGGCGAUGAUGACGUUUUUACAACAGCUACAGACAGUUCUUCUAAUUCCUCCCAGAAGAGGGAACAACCUACUCGGACAAUCUCCUCUCCCACAUCCUGUGAGCACCGGAGGAUUUACACCCUGGGCCACCUCCAUGACCCAUACCCCACGGACCACUAUCACCUCGAACAGCCGAUGCCAAGGCCUUACCGCCAGGUGAGCUUCCCGGACGAUGACGAGGAGAUUGUGCGCAUCAACCCCAGGGAGAAGAUCUGGCUGACCGGCUACGAGGACUACCGGCACGCGCCAGUGCGGGGCAAAUCCCCCGACGCCUCGGAGGACGCCGACUCCUACGUGCGGUUCGCCAAGGGCGAGGUCCCCAAGCACGACUACAAUUACCCCUACGUGGACUCCUCGGACUUCGGUCUCGGCGAGGACCCCAAAGGGCGCGGGGGCGGCGUGAUCAAGACCCAGCCGUCCCGGGGCAAGUCCCGGAGGCGGAAGGAGGACGGCGAGCGCUCCCGGUGCGAGUACUGCAGGGACAUGUUCAACCACGAGGAAAACCGGAGGGGCCACUGUCAGGACGCGCCCGACUCUGUGAGAACUUGCAUCCGCCGGGUGAGCUGUAUGUGGUGUGCGGACAGCAUGCUCUAUCACUGUAUGUCGGACCCCGAGGGAGACUAUACAGACCCGUGCUCGUGCGAUACUAGCGACGAGAAGUUUUGCCUCCGGUGGAUGGCUCUUAUUGCCUUGUCUUUUCUGGCCCCCUGUAUGUGCUGUUACCUGCCCCUGCGGGCCUGCUACCACUGCGGGGUGAUGUGCAGGUGCUGCGGGGGGAAGCACAAAGCGGCCGUGUGACUCGGUUUCCCUCCCUCCCUUCCUCCUCCCACAGCCACAGGGGAACUUGUCUCUGACAUACUCUCACCUUCUUUCUUGCUCCCUGGUACCUUGAGGCGCUAUUCCAGCCUGGGGAGCCCGCCUGGUGAACUCUGCACUUUCCCCUCUCCCCACGCAGCCCCCACCAGCCACCCACUCUGCGUCAACCACACACCCAUACACGCAGGCACAUGGUGUUCUAAGGAAAGGAACCUCCGCACAGACACUUGUGUACUAUUACCAAUCUGUAAUCAAGCUAACUGUCUUAUACAUGUGUUGAUUUCAUGUCUUUCCUACCCACCUCUUCCAGCGCAAAGGCACCUGCAGUCAGAACUGCUGAUUUGGGGUGGGUUUUGUAGUUGGUUUUCCAGGAGAUCUUUCUCACGGGUCGGCUUGCCGGUUGCCAAGGAGCAGCGGAUUCCUGCAGAUAGGUAACGUCAGAAUGAUGAAACCCUACCGGAAGUAUUGUAACCUGCAGUCAGAUUAUGUAUAGGAGGUGAGCUAGUCAACAAACGUCUACCACAAAACAAGAUCGCUUUAACUUUUGUAAACCCAAAUUUGCCAAGUAAGCUGCAGUUUCUAUUUGGAGCCCAUAAACAUUUCCUGUGCCCUCCCCCUAAAAACCUGACAAUUAUUUACUGAUGCAAAACAUUCACCCACAACAAUGAGAAUUGAGCCUUAACUUCAGAUUAACUUGUGUGAAUCAGGAAAUUCCAUAAACUGCAUUGCAUCCUCUUAGACCAGGGGUAGAAAAAGGGGAUUUCAGGUUUGUCUGAGCUUCCCCAGUUACCCCUAAAGUAGAACUUUUUAAAACUGUGUCACCACCACUUCUAAAAAUUUAGCAAUAUUAGAAGAAAACACUAAUGAAGUUCUGCUCAUUGUUUUGCAAACAAGAUAGACUAUUCACACACAAACCAGUGUUCUCCAAAGAGUUCCAGUUGUGAAACACUGAAGUUGUGGUAAAGAAAAUUAGGAGCUUCCUCCCACACCCCCACUGGCUAUUUUCUCUUAAUGGGGGGAAAUUUUAAAUGUCAUAAAUUUGAAGAGUGGUGGGUUGCAUUUUGUUUGUGGGUUUCUGUUCUUGUUUUCAUCCUGGACGGAAUCUCACAUCACCAAAUGUGUUGUUUAUACUUGGGGGAAAAAAAACAAGGCCAUAUGUAAAAACCCUUCCAAUGCCUAAGUGUCUUUCUCCUGCAUCUCAAAAACCCAGACUUGCCAAUUUGGGUGCACAGAUGGUUAGGUCAGCAGUCUGGGUCUACCUGUCACCUUGCCAUGUAGGAGGCUUCUAAUUAGCUGGAAAAGAGUAUUUUUCUAGUCUAUUGCAAGGAGUAGCCAAAUCUUGUCGCAGAAAGAAAAGUGAAGAGUGAGUGGUACCUAGCAUAGUACAAUCAGAACGUCAUGGAGACCACAAGGGACAGGCUUGUCAAAGUUGGCCGUUCUUCCCGCCAUGAUCUUCCUGUGGUAGUUGCCAGCUCAGGGCAGAGCCUGCUGUGUCUCUGCUUCCCCCCAUCCCUUCUCUGUUGCACACAGGGCAUCGGUCUUCAAGGAAAGAGACUUUUUUCCAGUCUGCCAAUCAUAUUGGGAAAGUACGAGCCAUGCUUACCUUCAUGGAACAUUUUCAGCUCAUCUGAGCACCCGCCGCCUUUCUUUAGUCAGAUUGUCGAUGUAAAUACCCAGUGUGCUUACGAGUUAGUUGGUAGACAUUUUCAUAGGUUGGAGUGAACGGUGUGGCCUUACAGUUUGGAAAAGUUGCAGAGAGCUGUCAGUCUGGUGAUGGAAGAAAAAAGAACUGCUUCCCAGUCUGGAAAACAUCUAGAAAACCUUCAGCCAGCCUCCAGAUGCUGUCGAGAGGCCAUUGCCCCCCACUCUCCAAUCCUGAGGUAUUUCCUCAGGGCCUUUCUCAAGGUCUCCUCUCUACAAAGCACAACACUAACGUAUGUUUUGUUAGACCUCAGUUCCGAGUGCCCCUAUUUAUUUCAGUAAGAAUACACAUGUCCCCGCCACUUUUUGUUUGUAGUCUCUAUUUACUUGUUGUUUCUAUCUUUUUUACCCCUGGUCCUUUUCCACCCUUUUGAAGAGUUAUGCUAGUGAAUCUUACUUCGCGUAUACGUUUUGGUUUGUGAAGGCAGCGGUUAAGGGCAGAAGGACAGCCACGGGGACAUUUAUGUAAAUACGUUUCUAAUUGCCACACUGCAGCUGAACAGUGUGGAGUAUUUUCCCAGUCAGCUUUGCCAUACUGACGUCAAUCAUUUGAGAGAAAUUAUUCAGAUUUUAUUUUUGUAUCUGUGGUAACAAAACAUUAACCAAAAGAUUUGUUUGGAAGCUUCCUCUGACCACCCCCCACCCCCCAGCUAUUUGCUCACAUUAACAAAUUAAAGUGCCUGAAGCAUAAUUCAUUCUUCACCUGUAUACUAAAAAAAAACCUGUUGUAUUGAUUUUUUUUAUAAUAAGCCUUUUUACCUCUGUGUAAAAAAUAUAUAUACAAGUGUAUGAUGUACAUUUUAGUUCUUAACUUUUUUUUAUGGUUUCUAAUAUGUAUGACCAAUGUAGCCAUUGCUUUAAGAUGUACCAUGUAAAUAUAAACACAUCCUAUCA